GGCAGAACGGAGUGGGGCGCGGCGCCAUCUUCCUGUGUCGGCGGCCGGCCGUGUGAGACCGUGUCCGCCCGGCCCGCAGAGAAGGCGGCCAUGGUGCGGCGGCGAGCCGCCUGCGCGCCGCUGGCCGGCCUGCUGCUCACCAUACUGCUGGGCCCGCCGGCCGUCCAGCCGGCCAAGGAGGUGUUCACAAACACCUUCUACGUGCAGCUCAAGGGGCCGCACGGCGCCGACAAGGCACACGAGAUCGCCAAACGUUCCGGAUUCGAAAACCUCGGCUCGGUUCUCGGGUCGCCUCACGAGUUCCAUUUCGUUCACCGCGGCCUAUCGGCUGCCAGGACCAAAAGGAGCGUCCCCCACCUGCGUCAGCUGAAGGCGCACCCCCUGGUUCGCCGGGUAGUCCAGCAGACCGGCUUUAGCCGUCAGAAGCGCGGCUUCCGGCCGCUCCGGCAGCGGCGCGGAUACAAACCACUGCGGGUCGAAAAUCUGGUGGAGCUGGAACCGCACAAAGACCCCACUGACCCGUUCUUUAAGUACCAGUGGUAUUUGAAAAACACGGGUCAGAAUGGCGGCAAGCCCAAGCUGGACCUGAACGUGGAAGCGGCCUGGGCGCAGGGCAUCACGGGCAGGAACGUCACCACUGCCAUCAUGGAUGACGGCGUCGACUACAUGCACCCCGACCUGCGGGAGCGCUUUAAUGCCGAGGCUAGUUACGAUUUUAGCAGUAACGACCCGUUUCCAUAUCCACGAUACACCGACGACUGGUUUAACAGCCACGGGACCCGGUGUGCCGGCGAGGUGUCGGCCGCACGUGACAACGGGGUCUGCGGAGUCGGUAUCGCCUAUAACUCUCGGGUGGCAGGAAUCCGUAUGCUGGACCAGCCGUAUAUGACGGAUCUGAUCGAGGCCAACAGUAUGGGUCACGAGCCGAACCUGAUCGACAUCUACUCGGCAUCUUGGGGCCCGACUGACGACGGCGAAACGGUGGACGGUCCGCGUAACGCCACCAUGCGCGCCAUCGUCCGCGGCGUGAACGAGGGCCGCCACGGUCUGGGCAACAUCUACGUCUGGGCGUCCGGGGACGGCGGCGAGGACGAUGACUGCAACUGCGACGGCUACGCGGCCAGCAUGUGGACCAUUUCCAUCAACUCGGCCAUCAACGACGGCGAGAACGCCCACUACGACGAGAGCUGCUCGUCCACCAUCGCGUCCACCUUCUCCAACGGCGCCAAGGACCCCACCACGGGCGUGGCCACCACUGACCUGUACGGCCAAUGCACCAAGACCCACUCUGGCACGUCUGCCGCUGCGCCUGAGGCCGCUGGCGUCUUCGCGCUGGCUCUGGAGGCUAACCCGCGCCUGACCUGGCGCGACGUGCAGCACCUGACGGUGCUGACCUCCAAGCGAAACUCACUCUACGACCACAAGAAGCGCUACUUCUGGCACAUGAACGGCGUCGGCCUCGAGUACAACCACUUGUUCGGCUUCGGCGUGAUGGACGCCGGAGCGAUGGUGGCACUGGCCCGACGCUGGCAGGAGGUUCCCGCCCGCUACCACUGCCAGGCCGGCAGCGUCAUCCGCGACAGCCCGAUCCCCCAGAACGGCACCCUGCGCUGGAACAUCACCACCACCGGGUGUCGGGGCUCCGACACCGAGGUCAACUACCUGGAGCACGUGCAGGCCGUCAUCACCAUAAACAGCACGCGCCGCGGCGACGUCGAGCUCUUCCUGACCUCGCCCAUGGGCACCAGGUCGAUGAUCCUUAGCCGGCGACCCAACGACCGUGACGACCGAGACGGCUUCACCAAGUGGCCCUUCAUGACGACGCACACGUGGGCAGAGAACCCGUCCGGCACCUGGGUCCUAGAGGCGCAAUUCAACAGCAAGACGCCUCAGGAGGGUUUCAUCCGCGAGUGGACGCUGAUGCUGCACGGCACCCGUCUGCCUCCGUACAGCUCGCUACCCGUCACCGACCCGCACUCAAAGCUGGCCGUCGUCAAGAAGGUGCACGAGUCGGCCAAAUCGAGCAUCUAGGGGCGACGGGCUCGCUCCGUCCCGGCCGGGCGCGGAGUGUCCCACUGCGGAGGCAGCGGCGGAUCCCUACGAGUCAUCCAGGGGGCGCCGACCGUCCCCGACAGCGCCACAGAGCUGACGAGUCAGAGCCGAGUCAGAGCCGAGUCAGGGCGGAGUCAGGGCGACUCUGAGUUCCGAAUUUAACUACAGUUAACGCGGAGGAGGGCAUUUCGCCCUUAAAAAGCUAAAUUAUGAGGAUUGCGCUGGAGGGCGAACCGAGCAUGACAAGUGAUCGUUUCUGCGAUGGUUUCUGCCUGGAAAAGUUAGCCGGCCUCUCCGGGAUGCUGCGCUGUUUGUCUCGUGUUCAGUGCUGGAGCCGGCUGGCCGGUCACCAAUGAAAGCCCUGUGAAUGGCAGCUCCUCACAUGACAUUGUAUAUAUGAGAUGUUACAUAUACUAGGCGCGAUAGAACCCAGAUAUAUUUUUGUGGAUGUUACUCCACCGGUACAUAUCGUGUGGUCAAUUGCCAACGGGUGACGGUCGGAUUAGUUGUUAUUUUCUUAUAAAAAGCGAAUAAUGCCAUUAUAUUGCCCAGGGGCGGGUUUUACAAUUGAUUCUACAGCAGUAAGGCUUUCAAUUAAUGCGUCUUGAAUGUUUUUUUUUCUUUUUUAGUUUGGUAGUUGGUAGUUUAGUGGUUCAAAGCACGCCAGCAGUAUAAACCGUCUGAGUAGCGAUAUAUUAUCAUUGUUAAAACUAAGUCGUAUCUGGCUGUUGGAAAUGGGGUUUCAGAUGAAUAUGAAUAUAAUAUUGGACAAUA